CUCUAGAUGAAGAAGCAGUAGCCCACCUUAUGGCCACAAUUACAACAGAACAUACCAUUUCGGUGCGCGCUCCCCCUUGCUGCACCACGGGGUCGGCGGAUUUGUGUAUAUUUUGUGUAUAUCUCUGUAAUCUACCAGCACCUGACUUCACAGGCCGGCCAACUGCGACUUUCAAUCUUGCAUUUCAUCCCAAACUCGGAGACCUGUGGAGUCAUUGUCCUGGUGUAGCCCAGCCAUCCCUUCCAUUCCAAACUCCAACCCUUCAGACAGGGAUUCAGGGAACAGGUCACUGGCAGGUGACUUCUCAGGUGUUCAUUCACUUUCUGUAAUCAACCAUGUUGUGCAUGCUUGGAGGUCAACAGAGCCCCAAACAGGUGGCGAUGUCCACCCUCGGGUCGUAGCUGAUAUACCACCUUUCAAUGACUGGGAUUACCCCCCGCACCAUCGAAUGUGGAUGCCUCCAUCCUGGCUUCGUAAGGAAGACGAUUCGCUUGGAACGUUCAGCACCGGAACUCCGCUUCGAUCUCCGGUCGAAGGGCAGUCGAAGCUCCGCGCCUUUGUUUUCACUUUCCUGAUUAAGGUCUUCACCGCCGAGCUGCCAGGAGCUGCGCGAAUCUGCCGCCCAAGAAGAGGUGAAGGACAGUGUACGCAUCGAAGAGGUACGUUCGUGAACUGGUGCGCCUGUGGUUUCCUGGCCAUGUGGGCGUUCAUGAAGCCUCGUGAGUCUGCGCGGAUCACCACCAGGAUCUUAUACUUUCUCACCUUCGCCAUCUAUGCCGGUGGUUUGGGCUUCUACACCUCUGCUGCCAACAACUUAAAGGACUUGCCUCCCAUGGGUGAACAGG